CUUACACCAACCAGCAAGUCAAGCAAGCUCUUUCAAUCUUUUCGGGCUCAUUUCCACGGACGAUACAUCAAGUAAGCUUGGAUUCUGCAUCGCGAUUCUUGCUUUUUUCUCUAUUCUCGUAGACAUUUGGGAAUACCGCCUUACACCCACCCUUCGGGGUCUUCUUGCAGUGUAAAGCCUGACCGGCGUCUUAAAAUUGGAGACCAUGUCGCCUCGGACCCGCCAUCGUCGAGGCUCGCUGAUCAUUUAUCCUGUCCCUCAGUUACACACGUUCGGCUUUCCUCCAGUCUUGGUUACCGACAUCAAAUGAUCCUGUCGACGCCACCUCCUUCACUCAUUCCCCACGGGUGCAGAUCGACAGACAACGUUAAUCUCGAAAAACAUAUACGGACAAAAUUUCAAGUCCGCGGCGUAGGAAUUUGACUUGAUUACCUCAUGGGAGGGACGGUUGACAGCACAAGGCAGGGUCUUGGUUCGAUUCGCGCGUGAAGGAUUAAUCGAUUACUGUCGAAUCUUUGGAUAUAUCUUUUGGGGUUUACAGCAGUGCCAGUGUUCCUUCAAUAAAGAGUAUGAG